GUGCGGUCGCUCACACCCAAUAACUACCCCCUGCCUAGAUCAGGUCAUAAACCCUAACACCCCCGCUAGAGUCCCAUGCCGAUUCAAAUCUCAACUCUUCCUUGUUCUGUUUCCCAGCAGAAAAGAAAACCCAUUACGGAUCAAACGUAGGUGCCCAUGUCUGUGUGCGCGAGAGAGAAAAAGAUUGUGAGUUCGUUCACAGUCUCCGCGGAGGGAGCAGUAAUGGAGGCGAGUCCGUUUUGUUCUCUGCCGAAGGAAAUCAACCAUGAAAUCCUAUGUAGGCUCGACGUGAAAUCUCUCGCAACGCUAAAGCUCGUGUCCAAAUACUGGAACUGCUUCCUAUCCGAUCCUUCAUUCUUGCGAUUCUUCUCCCAGAGAAGGCCCUGCAUCACCGGUUUCUUCUACCGCAGCAGCGCCAUGUAUGAUGAAAAGAUCCGGUAUGCAUCAAUCGACGACAAGGAAGAACCCGUAUCCGACCCGUCUUCGCCUCUAGGGUUCCUCGAUUAUCCAGCGGUUCUCCACAAUUCCUGCAAUGGUCUUCUGCACUGGUUCUCCGCUUGGAAUAUCCAAUUCAUAUCGAAUCCAUUAACGCAUAAGUCCGUAUUUCUCCCGUGGCCGUUCGCUUGGGACGAGUUCUUCGCGUGCGGGAUCGCUUUCGAUCCGACGCAAUCUGAUCAUUUUCAUGUUGUGGUUAUCACGAUUCAAUCUGGAUUCCCACCACUCAAACUGAGCUCUAGAGCUUUCUCCUCCGAGACCUUCCGCUGGAGCGAAAACGCAACAUCCCUCGCGAUUCGCGGACAGAUUGGCACCCCGUUCCGUCGCGAAGCAGGGAUCUUCUUGAACGGCUCGAUUCACUGGGAAUUGAAGAGCACCGCGAUUCUCGUCUAUGACGUGAAGGAGAAAGCCGGGAGAAUUGUAGAAUCGCCACUGACGAAUUCGCCGUUGAUGGAGGUUUUCGGCGGGGUAAGAGGGUUUUCCGAACCGGCAUGUUUGGGGGAAUUCUUCGGAGAACUUCACUACAGCCGCGUUCUUGGGACGGCACUGAGAGUUUGGGUGAAAACCCAAAUCCUUUCGUCCAACUCAGGCAUCUGGGUUCAGCGGCUUCUGAUCGAUCUCUCCCCGGUGAUCCUCAGAGACCCUAACAUCAGAAUUGGUGAAUCGGAAGCGCUUGCUUUUCUUCCUGAUUGCCGGGGAGUUUUACUGGGAGCGACUGGGAAGAUUUAUGCAUACCGGUUUGACGAGGGCGAGGUUAGGGAUGUGUGUAUUGUGGAGAGAAACGGAGGGGAUUGUGUUCUUCCGAGGAUGUUCUUUCCCUUUGUGCACAGCUUGGGAUUGUUCAAUCGUUCUCCAAUGGGGAACACAGAGAUUUCAGGUUCAGAGAGAAGCAAUUGGGGGAGGAUUCGUCUGUGCUGGAACCUGCGGAGAUUACUAGGUAGGUCUCGGCACAGGAUUCACAACAUGGAACCGUAGGCUUUGACUAUGGAAUUUCACAGAUCAAAACAACAUGAUUGCUCCCAAUUUACCAAAGACUUCACGUUGUAAUCCUUUAGAAGCAGAAUACUUCAUUUAAAUUAAAUGGUCCACUUAUGGUUAUUAAGUACUAAAUAAUCGACUGUGUUUAUUGCUCUGUAAAACGUCCCUUUUGGGCCUUCUGGAUAAGUCGAGCGUCGGGAUCUCAGCAAA